AUGGCUUAUUGUGGAAUUUCUGAGUUGCCAUUGAGCACCCAGGGCUGCUUGGAUGACAUCGCGCACCCCCUGCUAUAUGUGUUUGUUAUUAUGUUGUGGGAAGAGGAUAUUUCUCAGGGAUAUGCUCCCUUCCCUCCCACCUGCCUGUCCCAGCUGCCCCUAGACCCCUUUGGCCCUCGUGGGAACGCACGGCUGGGACCCUCAUUGAAGCGUCAGGACAAGCUGCUCCGUUCCCAGCCUCCUAGUCCCUGGCCCCGCCUACUUUUCUUGUGUCUCCCGGGUGACCACAGAGGCUGUGAGGAGGCAGAGGGAAGCCGUGCUCCCCACUUCAUCCAGCAACCAGAGGACCUAGAGGUUGUCCUGGGGGAGGAGGCGACGCUCCCCUGUGCUCUGAGCGGCUACCACGGUUUGGUUCAAUGGACAAAGGAUGGAUUAGCCCUAGGGGGUGAACGAGAUCUGCCUGGGUGGUCCCGUUACUGGAUUGCAGGAGACAGGGCCAGUGGCCACCACGAUCUGCACAUUGGAGCAGCUGAACUCGGGGAUGAAGCAUCCUAUGAGUGUCAGGCCACCCAGGCUGCCCUCCGCUCCCGGCCUGCUCGGCUCCGAGUACUUGUCCCCCCAGAAGCACCUGAGGUGCUAGGGGCUCCAACUGUGGCUCUGGUUGCUGGGGUUGCUGGGAACUUGACGUGCCGCACCCGAGGUGGAGCUCGCCCCAUCCCUGAGCUGCUCUGGUUUCGUGAUGGUAUACGUCUAGAGGGAGCCACUUACAGCCAGACCCUGCUGGCCAAUGGGAUCCUGGGAGCAGCUGAGAGCUCCCUCUCAAUCACCCCCUCUGCCCGGGAUGAUGGUGCCUCCUUCAUCUGCCAGGCCCGAAGUCCAGCCCUGCCAAGGGGCAAAGACACUGAGGUCACCCUCAGUCUUCAGUAUCCCCCUGUGGUGACUCUGUCUGCAGAGCCACAGACAGUGCCUGAGGGUGGAAAGGUCACAUUUCUGUGCCAAGCAACUGCCCAUCCCCCAGUUACUGGCUACAGGUGGGCCAAAGGAGGGUCUGUGCUUCCUGGAGCUCGGGGCCCCCUGUUAGAGGCAAAAGCAGAUGCUUCCUUCCUGACUGAGCCUGUGUCCUGUGAGGUGACCAAUGCCGUGGGCAGCACCAAUCGAAGCACAGCAUUGGAUGUGCAGUUCGGUCCUCUCCUCCUCUCUCCACCUGAGCCAGUGGAAGUGGAUGUGGGGGAAGACGCCUCUUUUACCUGCACCUGGAAGGGAAACCCGCCCCCACGAGUGACCUGGACCCGCCGUGGGGGGACGAAGAUCCUGAGCUCGGGGCCCACGUUGCGUCUGGCGUCCGUGGGGCCAGGGGACGCAGGGCAUUACGAGUGUCGCGCAGAGCCAGGACCCUCAGGAAUGGGGGGCGGCCUGGGGGAGGCGACACUGACUGUGCAUGGGCCCCCAGCAGUGACUGCCUUGCACUCGCCCCCGGCUGCUCUGGGAGCUCCGGCCCGGCUGGAGUGUCUAGUGCUCGGCUCCCCAGCACCCGAUGCAGUGGUCUGGUCCUGGGGCGAGGGCGCACUCGCCUCGGGUUCUCGAGGCCGCUUCCUAGUAGAGACGUUCCCCGCCCCAGGGGCCGCCGGCAGUGGGCGACGAGGAUUGGUUUCGGUGCUGCACAUCUCGGGGACUCGGGAAGCGGACUUCGCCAGAGACUUCAACUGCAGCGCUCGCAACCGGCUAGGAGAGGCAGGAGCCCGGGCUGGGCUGAUCCGCAGUGACCCACUGCCCCUGGUGCGCAUCGUGGCCGGAGUGGCUGCAGCGGCUACCGCUUUGUUACUACUGCUCAUCGCGGGGGGCGCCCACUGCUGCUGGCGCCGAGGCCGAGGUCAAGCAAGGAUCUCUAAGCGGGACAUACUGGUGCAAAUCACAGACAGCGAUGGUUCCAGUCCUCGGGCCCCCGAGGAAGAGGGGGAGGGGAGCCGGGAAGACCAGGUCCACAGCAGCGAGUCCACCUGCACUUCCCACACCCAGCAGAGCGACCUCGCGGUAGAUAAGGAGGCGGGACCUGAGUCCAAGGAUCCUACUAAUGGCUACUAUAAAGUUCGAGGUGUUAGUAUGAGCCAGGACCCUGGAACUGCCCUAUUCUCCUCUCCAGCAUCCCCUGUCUUUCCUGCCAGCCCUUCUGCGUUCUAUGACCUUACCCCUCACCUGGCCUUAUUUCCCUCCAGAACUUGGUGGUCUCUACAGGCCCGGGAGGGUUACCUCACCACUCCAUACACACGUGCUUUCACCAGCUAUGUCAAAUCCACACCCAAUGGGACCCUGACCAAGCUCUGGGCCCCCUCCCUUUUCCUACACAGUCCUCCCUGUUCCUGGCCACAGCGCCUUCAGACCCAUGUAUGACCUGCCCUCAGACUAACUGGUCGCCCACUGCAGCCAAUGGGAGGCCUCGUAAAGUCUCCAGUCCUUUCUUGUGUGAUGAAGAACUGGUCCAGUCAUUGGACAACCAAGAUUUCCCCCUCAAGAUAGCAACCCAACUCUGGGAAUGGGGGGAAGGGGGGAGGAGGAGCAAGACUUUGAUGGACAGCUGGCCCAGCAAAUGGAAAAAGGCCCCAGUGUAAACAUGCCCUACCAGUUCACCUGAGUCAAGAGAACUCAAAAGUGGCAGAUGGAUGGGCUCCCUGGAAGGGGAGGUAUAUGGGGUUGUGGCAGGAAUGGAAUCAAGGGCACACAGAUGUAUUGAUGAUUCAACCAAUAGAUGGGGGGAAAGUCAUUACCGGGCCCCUGCCCAGGAAGCAGAUUCAAGAUGGUGUGAGGACCAGAACAGAUGGCCCUCCAUUGCCUGGGAGAUGCUCAGUGUCCUGGAAACUGUGCCAAGAUGGCUUCUGACACCAGGAACCCCAAGAUGGUGGACUCAGGUGGCCACACCACUUACUUAGGGGAAAGGAGGGAA